GCAGCCAGCCCAGCUGUCAGCUGUCCGUGCUACGGGAUCUAAAGGUACAUGCAGAUGCUCAACUACCCAAGUUGACAAGCCUUAUACUCUCAGGCCGUGCCAUUGGCAUUACUUUGGGCUGUGGCCAGCCUGCCGUAGGACAUAUUCCCUUUCGCGGCGGCUUCAGCAGCCAAGCAGAGCCGCAGCGGGGUAAAAUACAGGGCGUUGCAGAACAUGAGGUUCUAAGAGACGCCUAGCCACUGCAAAAGCCACACUGUGGCUGUCACCAGCCCCCCAUUACGACGAGCCAACCGUCCAACCCAGUGACAAUUCAACUCAGCCUUGGACCUUUUCGCCGCGAUAGACAAUCCUCUCCAAACCCUCGCAUAUCCCGCCACAGCCUCGGCUCCACCAGCGCCGUCUUUGUGCUUCGCCCUACGGCUCGGCGCAGGCUUUCGAAUGAGGUAGACCACCGGUUUUUCGUCGUCGUCGUUCAGCAUUGGGCCACGAGCCCUCGCACUCAGCCAUCCUGCCUCGUCAUCGUCUUUUGGUCCCAUCUUUGGAAAGUGAUUGGCGCCGACAAUGGAUACUUUCAAAGCCCUUUUCGCAAAGCCGGAUCCCCAGCAGCAGAUGCGAAAAUGUAAUCAGCUGAUCCGUUCCAACGUCCGAAAGCUCGAUCGCGAUAUCGCUCAACUCAAGCAAGUCGAGAUCAGAACCAAGAACCUAAUCAUACAAGCGGAUAAGCGUGCUCAGCGGGACCCCUCAAGGGCCAAGCAGGCGCAACAGGAGGUUCGGAUUUUUGCGGGCGAGCUUGUGCGCACGCGGAAGGCGUCGCAGCGGCUGGUCACGACCAAGGCGACGCUCAACUCGGUACAGAUGCAGGUCAGCGAGGCUUUUGCUGUUCGUAAGAUCGAGGGAUCCAUCCGAGCCAGUGUUGGUAUCAUGAAAGAUGUCAAUUCGCUCAUCCGAUUGCCCGUGCUCACUGGGACGAUGCGCGAGCUGAGCGUCGAGUUGAUGAAGGCGGGCAUCAUCGAGGAGAUGAUUGACGAAACACUACCUGAGGACAUGGAUAUGCUAGAGGAUGAAGAGGGAGAGGGCGAGAUCGAAAAGGUCUUGGGAGAGGUUCUCAAGGAAAAGAAAGAGCCUGCUCUGCCCACCACACCGCUCCCCGAACCGGAGAAGCCGGUUGCGGAGGAAGAGGAGGACGAGGAAGACGCCGAGGCAAUGAUGGACCAGAUGAGGAAUCGAUUAGAUGCUUUGCGCAGCUAGAGCGGGAACAAGUCGUUUCCCAUCCCGCAAACUUUGGAUUAAAUGCAGCGGUGUUUUGGCGUCUGGUUUUCUGGGGAAGUGUUUGACGUGUGUACAUGGAGAAUUGUCCGGGAAGGGGGGAACCGUUUUGCCCCAUUCUUCAUUUUCAUAUACACUUUCUGAGCGACAUGGUAUCAGGUCUGUUCAUUCUAGGGUAGAGAGCCAUGUGACUCCCUUUACUGCUUCAAUCUAUCUAGAUCUCUCUCUUUGUC